AGGGUUCAGUGGUUGCCAUGAGAACCGUAAACAACGCAGACAGUGAAGUCUGAAUUUCUCACUAACACUAAAAUACAAUCCAUUCAUUUACUGUAAUAAUAAUGAAAUCUCCCGCCGACUCUCUGGUGAAGUACGACACUCCGGUGCAGGUGACCAAAAACACAGAGAAGAAAUCAGCGAAGGCUCGACCACUGAAUGCAAGACUUGAGCAGCCUGCAGUUUCUGGACCAGCCCCGCUUUCACCAAAGUCACAGGCAACACCAGGAGAAACUCAGGAGAUACUUAAUGUCAUCCUCCCACCAAGAGUGUGGUUGGAGAACAACCAGUGCUGGGUGCAGCAGGUGUCCAGCGCUCCAUGCAGAGGCAGGGACGUUGUCCGCCUGCAGGAGCAGCUGGACCUCAAACUGCAGCAGAGACAGGCCAAAGAAACAGGCCUCUGCCCUGUACGCAGGGAGCUGUACUCACAGUGCUUUGAUGAACUAAUCAGGCAGGUCACUAUAAACUGUUCUGAGAGGGGGCUGCUGCUUCUAAAAGUGCGAGAUGAGAGUCGCAUAACUGAAGAUGCCUAUCGAACCCUGUAUAAGAGCAGUUUGGCCUUUGGCCUGAGGAAAAUCCUGCUGGCUGAGCACGAAAAGUCAGACAUGGACAAGAAGGUUUCAGACCUGGAAAAUGAGAACAAGGAUCUGGAAAAGCAGCUGAAUGAGUUAAUGGCUAAACGUGAGGCCAUCGAGAAACAAGCAGCUGAGCGGCAAAAGGCUGAUGAGAAGAAGCGUACACAAGAGAUCCAGCUCUUCAAACGCAUGAACCAGCAACUGAAGGAUCAGCUGGAAGAAAUAAUUUCUCCAAAGAAAUGACCACCCUCAGCCAUAAGAUAAUCUGCAAUUUAAUAAAUCUCACCGUAUUAAUAAAUAUUUUUAAAUAUUUUUAAUAUUUUAAUAAAUAAUUUAAUGUUUGACACAAGCAAGUCUGUAGCACACAAAGCAUUUUAAACUGUUAAAUAAUAACAACUGAUGAAAUCUUCUCUAGUGUGUGAAGAGACAGGAGGGUAAUUUUAUGUGGAUGAAGAAAACUUGAAAAAUAAACUGCACCUUUCAUCCCUAUGAAAAAAUAGACAAAUAAAGCUAUAUGUGGGCUAUAUGUUGUUUGAGUAUGUCAAAUUGUUCUACUGUGGGAGUUCAGGACUGCAGUCAUGCCUUUGUAAUAUGUGCAUCAUCUGCUUUUGCUUGUUUUUGUUAAAUUUUGUUAAAAAUGCAUGGAUGUCAGUAAAAAUAUGUUUUAAAGGCAGAUCUCAAUAAAGAUUUAAUGUACUUGUGUAAAAAGUACACAACCCAA